GUGAGGGCGCUGCAGCUCGGAGGAGAAGAAGCAGGUGGUGGGUGAAGGCGGAAGCAGCAGCCGCAGCAGCCGCAGAUCUUUGUAACCAUGGCCGCCUCCAGCCCCGAGUCCCCCGUCGUGCUGGUGGACGAGCUCCCGUCAGACCCGCUGCUGCACGUCCUGUCCUUCCUGAGCUUCCGGGACCUGAUCCACUGCAGUUAUGUCAGCAGGAGGCUGAACGAACUGUCCAAACACAACCCUCUGUGGAAGAGUCACUGCUCCAAGCACUGGCUGCUGUCAGAUGCGGACCGGCUGCAGAGUGGGCUGUCCUGGUUCUGUCUGUUCAAACAGAACUACAGAGACCUGGGUCGCUACAUCCAGUUCUACCCGGAGCUGAAGAGAGCGUGGGAGCAGCUGAAGAGCUUCCUGCAGCAGAGGUGUCCACGAAUGAUCGCAUCCCUCAAAGAGGGCGCCACAGAGGUGGAGCUUAACGACAUCGAGGCUCAGAUUGGCUGCAGCCUUCCUCACGACUACCGCUGCUCGUACCGCAUCCACAACGGACAGAAACUGGUCAUCCCCGGGCUGAUGGGCAGCAUGUCUCUGUCCAACCACUACCGCUCGGAGGUCCUGCUGGACGUGGAGACGGCGGCGGGCGGUUUCCAGCAGAGGAAGGGGAUGAGACGCUGCCUCCCGCUCACCUUCUGCUUCCACACCGGACUCAGUCAGUACAUGGCGCUGGAGCCCGCCGAGGGACGCAGGAUGUUCGAGAGCUUCUACCCCUGCCCCGACCAGACGGCUCAGGAUCCCUCGGCCAUCGACAUGUUCAUCACAGGUUCCUGUUUCGUGGAGUGGUUCACAACCUACGUCCACAACGUGGUCACAGGAGAAUAUCCAAUCAUCAGAGACCAGAUCUUCAGGUACGUGCACGAUAAAAACUGCGUGGCGACCACUGGUGACAUCACCGUCUCAGUUUCUACCUCUUUCCUGCCGGAACUUUCCUCCGUCCACCCGCCGCACUUCUUCUUCACCUACCGCAUCAGGAUCGAGAUGUCGAGCAGCGCUUCGCCCGAAGCCGCCUGUCAGCUCGACAGCCGCUACUGGAAGAUCACCACCUCCGACGGCAACGUGGAGGAAGUUCAGGGACCCGGCGUGGUCGGAGAGUUUCCCGUCAUGACGCCUGGAAAAGUCCAUGAAUACGCCAGCUGCACCACGUUCUCCACGCCAUCAGAGUACAUGGAGGGUCACUACACCUUCCACAGACUCGCCAAUAAGGAAGAGGUUUUCCACGUGGCGAUCCCUCGCUUCCACAUGGUCUGCCCCCCCUUCAGGGAGCCUGUGUUUGUUGUAGAUGACUGUUUCCUGCUUGGGUGUCGUCCCUGCAGCACAAACCGUCAACCAGCUUCACACCUCGCCUCGACGACCACGACCCUGACGACGAGUACUGCGACGGAGACGGCGACGACUUCGGUGACCUGAGAGGAAUCAACAUGGCUGCGCUGGAGGGGGCGUGGUGUCCCCGACACAUCUGACCUCGGACCCCCCCUCACUGCAGUGUGAUGAACUUUAUUCAGGCCUGGUUGGUGAUCGACUCUGUUCCGUGCGUGGAACAGAGCGGCGGUCGGACGCUGAGGUGCAGUUUCCUUCUUUUCUUACAACAUUUCUCUUUGUGAUCAGAAACUGUGGGAGGAGAAGGACGACACGAUGAUGUCAUCGUCUUCUCCUCCACUUAAAGGACGUCGUCCAUCAAUCAGCUGACUUCCUGUUCAGUGUCGAUGCGGCACCAAUCAGGAGCGAGUGGGAGCUUUUGGUUUUUGUUUGUUCCUCCGUAGAAAGGUUUGGUUCUUUAUUGUUUAAGUCUUUUCCACUGCAGGAGCCGAACUCUGUUACUCGGCUGCUUCGGCCUCGUUAUGGAUUAGUUCAUCACUGGUCCAUCAACUGGUUUCUCUCUGAUUUAAACAUGAACUUAAUUGGAACAGAACCAACAGGAUUCACUUUAGGUCCCUGAUCCGUUUGACUCUGAUCACUGUUAUUGAUCAGUGUAAGAGCGCCCUCUGCAGGACUACAGGGCAAACUACGUACAGCACAAGAUGGAGGCUUCCUCCACACUGACCCUUUUCAGUUAGAACUCUAAUCACUGUUGCUAUGGUUACUGCAGAUAAACACAGAAAGUGAGACUUUAGUAAACGAUGACUCAGAGAGGUUCUCUUCCUGAUUGGUUCUCUUCAGUCACAUGACUCGACUACCAGCGGUGAACACAA